AUGGCAGGUGACACACCUUCCCAAGCCGGAAACAAUGGUCUCUAUCCCUACUCCCCUAGUGAGGUCGGCGCCAUCCUCUUUGCUGGGCUCUUCGGCCUAAGUACACUCUAUCAUCUUUUCCAGAUGAUCAGAGGACGAGCAUGGUUUUACACCGCAUUCGUCGUCGGAGCAAUAAUGAUGACGGUCGGUUACGCAGCCCGCUACCUUUCUGCUCAGUCCCCCGCCAAACUGAUGACCUACAUCCUUCAAUCGCUCUUCAUAAUCCUGCCUCCCUCUCUCUACGCCGCAACAAUCUACAUGAUCUACGGACGCCUCGUCAUCUUCGUAAACGCUGAACACGCAUCAAUCAUCCGACCUACACGGGUAACCAAGAUCUUUGUUUGCGGUGAUGUCCUCGCAUUCCUCAUGCAGGCCAGUGGUGGAGGUAUGAUGGCGCAGGCUAGCAUGACAGACAUGGGACAGAAGAUCAUGUUGCUCGGACUGUUUGUGCAGUUGUUGUUCUUUGGGUUUUUUGUGGUGAUUAGUGUCAUCUUCUAUAUGAGGAUGAGGAGUUCGCCACAGAGACAUACCAUCCCACAGUAUGGAAAGUAUGGGUGGCCGGCUUUGUACAAACUUCUCGCCAUUGCGGCCGUCGUCAUCAUCCUCCGAUGCAUCUAUCGCGUUAUUGAGUUUGCACAGGGUCACAGUGGAUAUCUGGCUUCUCAUGAGGUUUACAUGUAUAUCUUCGAUACGCUACCCAUGUUCGUGGUUCAGAUUUUGUUUCAUGUUGUACGUGCCGAUGACGUGUUCGGGACGAACCAUGGGGCAGCGAAAAAGUUGGAUAGCGAGAUUAUCGGGCUGUACGAGAGAGCUUGA